ACGUCGUCGUUGCGCCCGAACGCAUCGUGUACAUAUCCCGUCCUUGAAACGCCGCCCAUUUCCCCCGGGUCGCCGAAUACCUAUCCACCCCGAAUUCGAGGAUCGCGAAACGCAAGAAGAGCUUUGGGAGAAAUAAUACAAGGACUAUAAUAGAAAGACACAAUGUUCGGUCCUAAAGACGUCCAACUGGAGCGGGCGAAGGAGUUCCAAGCUCCUCCGCCCAAGGGCAAGCCCUACUCGGUCCCGAUCCUGGGUUCCGAGACGGAGGGAAAGUCCGCUGUCUAUCGCCAUUGGAGGUUCAAGGACCGUCCGUUGUUGGAAGUUUUGGAUCCUUCGAUCACAACGGCGCACGAAGCUUUUGAGACGGCAGUCAAGACAUACCCCAAGAACAGGUGCUUAGGACACCGACCUUAUGACCCGGCCACAAAGACUUUCGGUCCCUACGUCUUCGAGGACUACGAGACUAUCCACAAGCGAAGGAAGAACUUUGGUGCGGGUUUGGUCCAUUUGCACAAGCAGGCUGGUGUUCAGGAGCAGUCCUACGGCGUUGGAUUGUGGUGCCAGAACAGGCCGGAAUGGCAAAUCACUGAUCUUGCUUGCAUGUCCCAGGGUCUAUUCACUGUUUCGAUCUACGACACUCUGGGUCCGGAUACCACCGAGUUCAUCAUCAACCAUGCUGAGCUGUCCUGCGUGGUGACGGCGUUGAACCAUGUGGCCACACUCCUCAAGCUGAAGCCUCGUUUGCCAACGUUGAAAUUGAUCAUCGUCCUCGACCCGUUAUCGGCCGGAGAGCUUCCAGGAGAAUCCAAGGGAGAUCUUCUCAAUGCCCUUGCGAACGAGCAGGGCGUAACUAUCCACAACAUCCGCGACAUCGAGGCUCUCGGUGAGAAGCAGCCUAUCCCUUAUAACCCACCAACACCGGACAGCAUCGUCACGAUCAACUAUACCUCUGGUACUACAGGAAACCCCAAGGGUGUCGUCCUCACCCACCGAAACGCACAGGCUGCAACCUGCAGCACUUUGAUCGGACUUGGAAUUGGCGGCGAGUCCGUCAUCUGCUCGUUCCUUCCCCUCGCCCACAUCUACCAACGCUUGGGAGAACAUGCAUCUCUUGCUUCUGGUGGUGCCAUUGGUUACUUCCACGGUAACAUCACAGAGCUCGUGGACGACUUGAAGCUCCUCAAGCCUACUACUUUCGCUGGUGUUCCGCGGUUAUACAACCGAUUCGGCAGUGCCAUCAAGGACGUGACGAUCCAGGCAGCCGGCGGAAAGGGAGCUCUCUCCCGCUAUGUCGUCGGCAAGAAGCUCGCCAACAUCCGCGACAAGGAGAACCCAAGCAACAAGCACUUGCUGUUCGACAAGAUCUGGUCCUCCAAGGUCGCCGCCGGCCUGGGUCUCCAGAACUGCAAGGUCAUGGUCAGCGGAUCCGCACCCAUCGACCCCAGCCUCCACGAGUUCCUCCGCGUCGCCGUCGCCAACCACUUCCCCCAGGGCUACGGCCUGACCGAGACGUACGCCGCCGCGCUCGUGCAAGCGGAGGGCGACCUUACGGGCGGAAACUGCGGCGGCAUCAUGCCUACCACCGAGUGCUGCCUCGCCGACGUGCCCGACAUGGAGUACUUCUCGAGAGACAAGCCGUACCCGCGCGGCGAGCUGCUCAUCCGCUCGACCACCCUGUUCCGCGAGUACUUCCGCAACGACGAGGAGACGUCGAAGGCGAUGGACAGCGACGGCUGGUUCCACACGGGCGACAUCUGCUCGAUCGACGAGCUCGGCCGCUUCAAGAUCAUCGACCGCAGGAAGAACGUGCUCAAGCUCGCGCAGGGCGAGUACAUCUCGCCCGAGCGCAUCGAGAACGUGUACCUGGCCAACUGCGGCUGGCUCGCCACCGCCUACGUCCACGGCGACUCCCACCAGAGCUUCCUCGUCGCGCUCUUCGGCGUCGCGCCCGACUUCUUCGCGCCCUUCGCCAGCAAGGUGCUCGGCGAGAAGGUCGAGCCGACUGACGUCGCGAAGUUGAGGACCGCGGCCGCCGACAAGCGCGUCGAGAAGGCUGUCCUCAAGGAGCUCGACCUCAUCGCUAAGAAGAGCAAGUUUAAUAGCUACGAGCGCGUCAGGGCGGUCAGGCUGUUCGUCGACCCCUUCACCAUCGAGAACCAGCUCUUGACCCCUACACUCAAGCUCAAGAGGCCGCAGACCGCGAAGAAGUUCAGGCAGGAGCUUGAUGACUGCUACGAGGAGGCCCUCGCGGAGGAGGCCAGCGGCAAGGCGAAGGCGAAGGCGAAGUUGUAGUUUUGUCGAAAACUCCCCAUCCGACUGCAUUCAUUCACGGACAGGCUGUAUGUAUACGGUAGUCCUGGGUUUCUGCAAGUCAUUGUACAUGAUAUUCAAUUUUCUUUUCAACACAUGUAUAGAAAGUAGAUAGGCGCGGUCUUUUUGUUGACUGCGCCCGAUUAGCAUUGGGAGGUGGUGGUCGUUGUUGUGGGUUGUAAGUAUGGAUAGAUUGAUCCAGGAGACAUAUAUUGAAUGCUGCAUCAUUUACAAAAUUCCAACACUGUCGUCCUGAUGCG